AUGGCGACCACCUCGUCCAUGUUCAUGUACUCGCUCACCAUCCAGCCGCCCACAGCCAUCACGCAGGCCAUCCUCGGGCAGUUCUCAGGCACCAAGGAGCAGCAGAUCGUCACCGCGGCCGGCUCGAAGCUGACCCUGCACCGCACCGACCCGGCGCAGGGCAAAGUGCAGACGCUCUUCUCGCAGGACGUCUUUGGCAUCAUCCGCUCCCUCGCCGCGUUCAGGCUCGCCGGCAGCAGCAAAGACUACAUCAUAAUCGGCUCGGACUCUGGGAGAAUCACCAUUGUCGAGUACGUGCCGGCCCAGAACCGCUUCAAUCGCAUCCAUCUCGAGACCUUUGGCAAGUCCGGCGUCAGACGCGUCGUCCCGGGCCAGUAUCUCGCCGUUGACCCCAAGGGCAGGGCCUGUCUGAUCGCCUCCGUCGAGAAAAACAAGCUUGUCUACGUGCUCAACCGCAAUGCGCAGGCCGAGCUCACCAUAUCCUCGCCCCUCGAGGCCCACAGGCCGCAGACGGUCGUCUUUGCUCUCACCGCGCUUGACGUGGGCUACGAGAACCCCAUCUUUGCCGCUCUCGAGGUCGAGUACACCGAGGUCGACCAGGACCCCACCGGCCAGGCGUACGAGGAGACCGAGAAGAUGCUUGUCUACUACGAACUCGAUCUCGGACUCAACCAUGUGGUCAGACGGUGGGCUGAUCCGGUCGACCGCACUGCCUCCAUGCUCUUCCAGGUGCCCGGCGGUGCUGACGGUCCCAGUGGUGUCCUCGUUUGCGCAGAGGACAACAUUGUCUACCGUCACUCGAACCAGGACGCCUUCAGGGUUCCUAUCCCCCGCAGACGUGGGCCUACCGAAAACCCAGAGAGAAAACGAUGCAUCACCGCCGGAGUCAUGCACAAGAUGCGCGGUGCUUUUUUCUUCCUCCUGCAGUCCGAAGACGGCGACCUUUUUAAAGUUACCAUGGAGAUGGUAGAAGACGAGAACGAAAAGGCUACCGGAGAAGUAAAGAGACUCAAACUCAAGUACUUUGACACCGUCCCCCUAGCUUCAAGUCUAUGCAUUCUCAAGAGCGGUUUCUUGUUUGUAGCCAGUGAAACCGGCAACCAGCAUUUCUACCAGUUUGAAAAGCUAGGAGAUGACGACGACGAGAUUGAAUUCAUCAGCGAUGACUGCUCAGCCGUCAUCUCAGAACCCUUGCCCCCAGUCUACUUCCGGCCCAGACCAGCCGAAAACUUGAACUUGGUAGAGAGCAUUGCCUCCCUAAACCCGCUCAUGGCUGCUUCUAUUGCAAACAUCACAGAGGAAGAUGCUCCUCAAAUAUACACUUUAUGCGGCACUGGUGCCAGAAGUAGCUUUAGAACGCUAAAACACGGCCUCGAAGUGUCGGAGAUCGUCGAGUCCGAGCUUCCCAGUGUUCCGUCAGCCGUUUGGACUACCAAGCUGUCCCGGAAUGAUCAAUUCGACGCCUACAUUGUGCUAUCCUUCUCAAACGGCACCCUUGUCUUGAGCAUUGGUGAGACCGUGGAAGAAGUCACAGAUACUGGCUUCCUCUCGUCUGCUCCCACUCUCGCUGUGCAGCAAUUGGGUGAAGACUCUCUCAUCCAAGUCCAUCCAAAGGGUAUCCGACACAUCCAUGCAGACCAGAGAGUAAAUGAGUGGCCGGCUCCUCAGCAUAGAUCCAUUGUUGCCGCUACCACAAACGAGAGACAAGUAGCCAUUGCCCUGAGCUCUGGUGAAAUCGUCUACUUUGAAAUGGACACCGAUGGCUCACUGGCCGAAUAUGACGAAAAGAGACAGAUGUCCGGCACAGUGACCUGUCUGAGCUUGGGAGAAGUUCCAGAGGGACGAGUAAGAAGCUCGUUCCUCGCUGUUGGAUGUGACGACUCGACCGUCCGAAUCCUCAGUCUUGAUCCAGAUUCCACACUGGAGAAUAAAUCCGUCCAGGCGUUGACAUCCGCGCCAUCUGCUCUAUCCAUCAUGUCGAUGAUAGAUUCUACCUCUGGCGGAUCGACGCUAUACCUCCAUAUCGGACUCUACUCUGGAAUCUACCUGCGUACUGUCCUAGAUGAAGUAACCGGAGAGUUGUCAGAUACUCGGACCCGCUUCCUUGGUGUCAAGCCGGUCAAGCUGUUCAGUGUCUCAGUCAAGGAGCAGAGAGCCGUCCUUGCGCUCAGCUCCCGGUCCUGGCUAGGAUACUCUGAUGUCCAGACAAAGAGUUUUACCCUCACGCCCUUGAACUACGUCGGGUUAGAAUGGAGCUGGAACUUCUCCUCUGAGCAGGUCAGAACUUAA